CCUGAAAGUUGGACUUUAGACACAUCCGAGCAAUCUAGCAGUGUCUGUGGGCUUGUUCAAGGCUUGGUUUCUUGAAUGAUUUUUUUUGCUGCGUUUUGUCUUUCUCUCAUGAAGAGGACUGGGUGUGUGUGCUUCUUGCAGACAUCAAAGAAGUCACCGUCAACUACUAGAGGACAACCCUCAAGACCUGCCAAGAAAGAAAUGAAUAAAGGCUCCAGUUGAUUGUUAACCUAACCGCUCUUUACAGUAACCCAGCACAUCUCUGGCGCUGGAACUUUGCAGAAGGUUUAGUUUCUGCUUGAAGUCUAAUGGCUCAAAGUCCCUCAGAGUCACGUCCUGCAAUUGUCUCUGGAGUGUGGGUGGACGGGGGUGAGAGAAGGAGUGUUUGAGCCAAGCUUGGGAGCAGUGUGAGGCGUCUGUUUGUCUAAUCAUCUGAAGGUGACUGAAGACAUCAGUGAGGACCAUGUGUGCGGCAGCUCUGGAGGAGUACUGUGGGUCCGUCUUCUGGAAUGCUUCAUAUCUGGAAAGAGAAGACCCAGACCUCCCAGCAUGUUUCGAGCAGACGGUGCUGGUCUGGAUCCCCCUGGGGUUCCUGUGGCUCUGUGCCCCGCGACAUCUGGUGUCUCUCUGCAAGAGGACAAAAACGAAACACCUGUCCAAGCUCUACAUCUGCAAACAGAUUCUGGUGUCACUCUUGCUCCUGACUGCCAUAGCAGCCCUAGCAGUCACUUUAGGAGAGGAUUAUGGUCCAGGCAGAGACCCAUCUUCAACAGCUAAAAAUGCUGGUGUAUACUAUGCAAAUCCUGUGCUCUUCGCGGUCACAUGGGUCCUUCUACUGUUGUGCCAGGAAGGAGUGAGGCGUAGGAAAGGAGCAGUCGACUCUGCAACUCUCUUCCUCUUCUGGUUCUUCCUCGUUCUGUGUGACAUCUUCCCUUUCCAGAGCCUCCUAAGAGAGGCGCUCAGGCUGGGAAAAGUCAGUGAUGUCCCUCGUUUCUGCCUUUUCUACAUUUCCUUUGGCUUGGAAUUGAUUGCACUUAUUCUCUCUGCUGUGGCUGAUAUCCCUCCGGAAGACAAGGACUUUGUAAAAAAGAAUCCAGAGGCAGGUGCAGCAUUUUUGAACAGAAUCACUUUCAACUGGAUUCACAGUAUGGUGGUGAAGGGGUACAAGCGGCCCCUGGUUCAGGAGGACAUGUGGGAGUUGAACACAGAGGACAGCACCGCUGACAUCAACCGGAACUUUCAGCAUAACAUGCAGUCAGAGUUGAGUGCAGCUCGGGUCCGUUUACAAAUCAAGAUGAAGAAGAAGCGAGAGGAGAGCAGAGACAAGGUCCAGGAAGAGACCUUUCAAAAUGGCCUUUCCAACGGUCUGGGGAAAGGCGUCAGUCAGGAUGUGCUGAUGAUGGAGGAAAAGGGAAAGAAAGAAGAUGAAAAGAAGAAGAAGAAAAAGGACAAAAAGAAGGAGGAAGUUGACUAUCCAAGUUCAUGGCUGAUUACCACUAUUUACAAGAGCUUCAAAGGGGUGCUGAUUGAAUCUGCCCUCUUCAAACUUCUGCAGGACCUGCUUGCUUUUGCCAGUCCUCAACUCCUAAAAUUGAUGAUCUCUUUCACUCAAGACACAUCCAAGUACACCUGGGAAGGGUAUGUGUUGGCAGUGCUGCUGCUAGUGGUGGCCAUCCUGCAGUCUCUGUUCCUGCAGCAGUACUUCCAGCGUUGCUUUGUCCUUGGGAUGAAAGUUCGCACUGCCAUCAUAGCUGCCGUGUACAAAAAGGCAUUGGUGGUGUCUAAUGACACUCGUAAAGAGUCCACAGUUGGGGAAACUGUGAACCUGAUGUCAGCAGAUGCCCAGCGCUUCAACGAUGUGACCAACUUCAUCCACCUGCUGUGGUCCUGCCCUCUGCAGAUCCUGCUGGCCAUAGUUUUCCUGUGGCUGGAGUUAGGACCUUCUGUGUUGGCAGGACUGGCAGUCAUGGUGCUGAUGGUGCCCAUCAAUGGACUACUAGCCUACAAGGCCAGAAAAAUCCAGAUUGAGAACAUGAAGUUCAAAGACAAGCGACUCAAAAUCAUGAAUGAAAUACUCAAUGGCAUCAAGAUCCUGAAGCUGUAUGCAUGGGAGCCAUCCUUCCAGAUGCAGGUGGAAGACAUCAGAGGGCAAGAACUCACAGUAAUGAAGAAGUUUGCCUACCUGACGUCUGUCUCCACCUUCAUCUUCAGCUGUGCUCCAGCUGUGGUUUCUUUGGCAACAUUUGCAGUGUUUGUAGGGGUGAGCCCAGAUAAUGUGUUGACAGCUGAGAAAGCUUUCACUUCCAUCUCUCUUUUCAACAUCCUCCGAUUUCCGUUGGCCAUGCUGCCCAUGCUCAUCGCUGCCAUCGUGCAAACUUCUGUGUCCAGGAAGCGACUGGAGAAGUUUCUUGGAGGUGAAGACCUUGAAAGGGACGUUAUCCGCCACGACCCUGCUAUCAACUCUGCUGUUAGGAUACAUAAUGGUUCCUUUGCUUGGGAAAGAGAUGCAGAGCCUCUGCUGAAGAACGUGUCCCUGGAUGUUAAGCCAGGUCGUCUGGUUGCGGUAGUGGGAGCUGUGGGCUCAGGAAAGUCCUCUCUCAUGUCGGCCCUCCUGGGAGAGAUGCACAGCAUCAAAGGCUUCAUCAACAUAAAGGGUUCCCUUGCCUUUGUGCCACAGCAGGCCUGGAUCCAAAAUGCCACUGUGAGGGAUAACAUCCUUUUUGGCGCUUCCCAUGAAGAGCAGAGGUUCCAGGAGGUGAUACAGGCCUGCGCCCUGGCCCCGGACUUGGAGCUGCUACCUGGGGGUGACCUCACUGAAAUUGGGGAGAAAGGCAUCAACCUCUCAGGGGGGCAGAAGCAACGUGUGAGCCUGGCCCGGGCAGCUUACAGUCAGGCUGAUAUUUAUCUGUUAGAUGACCCGUUGUCUGCUGUGGACUCUCAUGUAGGGAAGCAUCUCUUUGAUAAAGUGAUUGGACCUAAUGGAUUACUCAGUGACAAGACUCGUAUCCUGGUGACUCAUGGAGUGAACUUCCUGCCAUACGUAGAUGAAAUAGUGGUCUUGGUGGAUGGAGUGGUUUCUGAGAUUGGAUCCUACAAUAAACUUCGUGCCAGCAGGGGAGCUUUUUCUGAAUUCUUGGAAACAUAUGCUAAAGAGGAGAGCAAUCAGAACCAUUCAGAGUCAGAUCGUUGCCAGAACACUGCAGACGUGGAGCUCAUUCCUGAAAGAGAGGAAACCCAACCCGACUCUCCUUUGGAGGACACAGUUUCUGUAACACUUAAGAGAGAAAGCAGUAUCCGCCGCAGCCAGCGAAAGGGCAGUGUCAGGCUAAGAAAAAACAGCACCAUAAAAAAAUCUGAAGAUGUCGUUGAAUCAAAGACAGGUCAGAGGCUAAUAGAGAAAGAGACUAUGGAAACAGGACAGGUGAAAUUCUCAGUGUACCUACAGUACCUGCGUGCCAUGGGCUGGGGGUAUACUAUCACGGUCUUCGUGGUUUACUUCAUUCAGAACAUCGCUUUCAUCGGACAGAACCUGUGGCUAAGUGACUGGACCAACGACGCUGUGGAUUACUACAACAAGACAUACCCUAACUGGAAGAGGGACACCCGGGUGGGAGUGUUUGGAGCUCUGGGAGUGGCUCAGGGCCUCUUCGUGUUCCUCGGUACGCUGCUGAUGGCCAAUUCUUCGGUCAAUGCAUCACGUAUCCUGCAUUCACGGCUGCUAAACAACAUGCUGCGAGUUCCCAUGGUGUUCUUUGACACCACACCCAUUGGGAGGGUUGUCAACCGCUUUGCAAAGGACAUUUUCACAGUGGACGAAGCCAUUCCACAGUCUCUGCGCUCCUGGCUCCUGUGUCUGCUGGGCGUGUUGGGGACACUGUUUGUCAUUUGUCUGGCCACUCCUCUCUUCACCAUCCUUAUCCUUCCUCUGGCAGUCGUCUACUACUUUGUACAGCGCUUCUAUGUAGCAUCUUCAAGACAGCUGCGUCGGCUGGACUCAGUGUCUCGCUCUCCGAUAUACUCACACUUCAGUGAGACAGUGUCGGGUCUGUCAGUGAUAAGAGCCUAUGGCCAUCAAGAACGGUUUCUACAACACAACGAGAUAACUAUUGAUAAAAACCUCAAGAGCGUCUACCCGUGGAUAGUGUCAAACAGAUGGCUCGCCAUCCGUCUGGAGUUCCUUGGAAACCUGGUGGUGUUUUUUUCUGCUCUGUUUGCUGUCAUCGCCAGGGAUUCUCUGGAGAGCGGCCUGGUUGGCCUGUCAAUAUCCUACGCUCUUAAUGUAACACAGACCCUUAACUGGCUUGUGAGGAUGACAUCAGAGCUGGAGACUAAUAUUGUUGCCGUGGAGAGAGUGAGUGAAUACACCGAGCUUGAGAAUGAGGCUAAGUGGAUAACUCCCACUCGGCCACCAGAGAAGUGGCCCGAGGCAGGGAGAGUGCAGUUUGACAACUACAAGGUCCGUUACAGACCUGGAUUAGACCUGGUGCUGCAUGGAAUCACCUGUGACAUCCACAGCACUGAGAAGAUUGGUAUAGUGGGCCGCACAGGAGCUGGGAAAUCAAGCCUUACCAACUGCCUGUUUCGGAUUAUUGAAGCUGCUGAAGGACGUAUCAUGAUUGAUGGUGUAGAUGUUUCCACAAUAGGCCUGCAUGACCUUAGAAACAACCUCACAAUUAUACCACAGGAUCCAGUGUUGUUCUCUGGGACCCUGAGGAUGAAUUUGGACCCGUUUGACAAAUUCAGCGAUGAGGAGAUCUGGAGAGUGUUGGAGCUCUCCCAUCUGAAGGAUUAUGUGGUGGGACUGCAGGAAAAACUACAACAUGAAGUCGCAGAGGGGGGAGAGAACCUCAGUGUUGGGCAGAGGCAGCUGCUGUGUCUGGCACGAGCACUGCUGAGGAAGUCUCGUAUCUUAAUCCUGGAUGAGGCCACAGCAGCUGUUGAUCUGGAGACAGAUGACCUGAUCCAGAAUACCAUCCGAAAAGAGUUUUCACACUGCACUGUCCUCACCAUCGCCCAUCGGCUGCACAGCAUUAUGGACAGCUCCAGGGUGAUGGUACUUGAUGCUGGUAAAAUAGUGGAAUUUGAUUCUCCUAGCAACCUGCUGGAAAGACAAGGCCACUUCUAUGCCAUGGCUAAAGAUGCUGGAAUAACAGUAGAAGACAACACAGCUCUCUGAUUUUGCACUUGUACUUAUUAUUUGAUUUCAUAAUUUGCUAUUGUUGUUUGAUUUAAAAAGCUGGAUUGUGUUUUGAUAUAAAGAUAUAUUAUAUCAUUUGUAUUUUUAUAAUGCAAUAGAAAUAAUCAUUUUCUGUAUAUAAAUCAUUGUUAUAUUGAAACAAUAAAUAUUCUUUCUCAAUGCUGUCUCAUUGUUUUUGAUUUUGGAUAAUUCAACAUUUUCAGGAAAAUCACUUAUUUUCAUUUUCUUACUUUAUGAGACAGAGCCAUGUUAGCUGUUGUCAGUCUUUUUCCUAAGCUAGGAUAAGUGCCUGCUGACUGGUUCAUUUUAAGCAGACUAGUAUGAGAGCGUCAUUCAUAGUGUCAACUAAUUCUCUGCCAUCAAAGGAAUAAGCCCCUUUUCACAAUAUUAUAUAAUCAUUGCCGACUGUAUAAUGACUGUAAGAAUGACGUGUGUAAAUGUGUCUGUACUGUAUUAUGGGGACUUGACUGGUCACCACAAGGUGAUUAGUUUGUUAUGAUUUAGCUGAGACCUGACAGGAGAAAAACAUUUUUCUUCAUGUAUGGACAAUUUUGAGAUUUGGGGCUAUUUUAUAAGGCAAUAUUGGGACUGCUGCCUUCGUACAUUUGCAGCUUAAUUACUGUGAGAAAUGCAGGAUCUUAUUCUCUUCGUUCACAAGAUCAGUUGUUGCUUUCUGUCCCUUAUGCUUGUACGGAGUUGGGUAAAAGGGCAUUUGUUUACUCUGCACCUUAUGCAUGGAAUAUGCGCCAGAAAGAAUGGAAAUUAACUGAAUUUGUUUCUUUGAGCACUUUUAAAUCCAAACUAAGAGUUAUUGAGGCCAAUUCCAUAACAUGCACUUGUUUCUCAUGACGUGUUUAAGGUCUGUAUGUUAUGUAAAUAUGUAACUGUAUUCUGUGUUUGCUGCCUCUUGGCCAGGGCUCCCUUGAAAAAGAGGUUCUUAAUCUCAAUGGGAUAUUCCCUGGUUAAAU